AGGAACUGCCUGAUCAUCAGUCACAGAACAAGCACACACACACCCACUUUUUCUCAGAGCUCUCAGCUCGUGCUCCCAGUCAGCAUCAACGGAGGAUCGGUUUUCAGUUUCUCCUUUUAGCAGAAGCAAAAAGCCUCGGAGUGAGGGAACGCGGGGAAGGAUGUAUGCAGCAGGAUGGUCGCUAACGCUAGUGCUGAUUCGCCUCGUUGGCUCGGCUACCUCGUCUCCCAUAACUCCUCCUGCCUCACAUGUACCGUCUCAGAUAUUGCCCCACUCUCCUUCACCAACAGGCCCCGGGCCCUCAUCUCUUGGCCUCCCGGCCCUGACCUCCACCGGCAGCUCCGUGGAGCGGAUGACCACGGCCAGCUGCAGUCUACAGAUUUCGCCUUCAACUCUUGUGGUCAGGUUUGGAGAUCCAGCCUCGGCUAACUGCUCGAAAUCGAACCCUGGAGAUUCUAUGAUGGGCUGGUUAGAUCUACAGGGGCCUUCAUACACCAGUGUCCUGACGUGGCGUGUGGACAGCUUGACUGAAUGGAGUCUCAGCCUUGUAUGUUAUGCAUUGUCUGAUGAGGGAGGGGAAUGCAGCAGUUCUCUCUCUGUGAUUGUCUACCAGCCACCAAAAACAGUCUCCAUCCGGCUUUUGAAUCACAGCGGCCCGAUGUACGAGAGACGACAGUACGUUCUGCAGUGCAGAGUUGAGGACGUCGCGCCCGUGCAAAACCUGGUGGUGACCUUCUACAAGGGACGGACGGCGCUGGCUGAGCUCCGCUCCAACAGGACCGCAGAGAAGACUCCAGUGGAAGAGAGCUUCAGUCUGCUCGUCGUUCCCUGCAGAGGGGACGAUGAAAACCAGUAUUGGUGUGAGGCGAAGCUGGAGCUGGGGCCGUCGGGACCACAGCAGCCUCCAGCAGAGAGAUCGCAGAACAUCACCGCAACGGUCCUCUGGGAUCCAGAACAUAGUCAUACAUCCAUGGAAAAAAAACCUUUAGACUGUGAAGUUCAAAACCAGGCAUUAGGAGGAAACGGAACUACAAUCAGAUGUCGAGGAUGCUUCUUAUUGAUCGCUCUUCUUGCUCAUUUGAUUAACUGACUGAAACCUGAGGGAACACACCAUUCCCGACUUGGACUGGUCCAGAUGUGGGAAACCCAUCCCAGAAUCUGAGUGUCUUCAGUAUGAAAAAAAAAUGUUUUUUUGAAUUGUGCAUCUUUUCCCCUUAUAUGUUGGUUAGAAAGACCUCAAACACCAGGACACGUCCCAAUAACAGCAAAAUCUACUCUGAGGAGCCACUGCUAAGGUACAUGUUCUGGCAGCAGACCAACCCUUGCUCAAAAUGUUAAAGCCCAUUUUUAUGAAUGCUGCUUUGAAGAAAAUGUUUAUUUAAUUUAGUGAAUUCUAAGUUUUGUUGGAUGCUUGCUUUGUUUAAUUCAUAUCCAGUGUACAUAUUUUUUUAAGUCUACAUUCAAAUGUAAAAUCUGCCUUCAGGAUCAACUCUUCGUUAAUUGAGGCAUGCUUCUUUUAAUCUAAGCAUCGGUUAAAUUUUGUGUCGUUGUAAUGUCAUUUAUGAUAUUUGGAGUGUUUGUAAAAUACAGAAACGUUUGUCCCAACUGAA